UGAACCCAUUACGAUAUGACAGUAAAUUAGUGUAAAAAAAUGGUAAUAAAAGAGUGUGACUACAAGGCGAAGUUGGUCAAUGGUUUGCCAGUGCUAUAUUGCAGGUUUGGCAAGAAUACGCCUUGGAUUAACAUUAGUAACAAAAGGUUUAGUAUUAAACAUUUCUCUUUCAGUGAUCCCGAAAAUCAUACGCAUAGUAUUAAUGAGUGUGAAAUAACAAUUGAAGGCUUGGUGGCAAAAUUUUCUUUUCCAUUUGAUGUGGACAAGAUCCUCUAUCAGAAUAGAGUAGUUUUGAAGACUUGUGACCGUUUCUGGUCUGGUAAUCCGAAAUAUAUCCUCUUUGAACUUGCCAAAAACGAGUUUACAAUUGGAUUUAGUCAUGGAGUUGAGAGAAAAGUGGAUAGUAAAGUCGAAUAUGGAGGUCGUCAAUAUGGAGGAGAACUUGACAUAGACAAGUCUGAAAACAAAAAACCUGAAUCAGGUAUCUUUAUGUACACUUUUCAUACGAAACCUAAAGGUAUAAAGUACGAGGGUGAAGUUGUUUGGGAGUCUUUACCAGGUGAAGCGUUACCUGAUAGAAUGUUAAGAGAUGAGGAAACUGAUGAAAUUGUCGUCUUCUUUCAAGACAAGUACCUUGUUAGUAGGAAAGAAGAUGGAAUUAGAACAUCCGAUGUUCAUGAAUUCACGCAAUCCCAUCGAGAAAUUCUCAAUUCUUAUUUUCAUAAUUCAUUUCGCAGCACUUAAUAG